AUGAGGUCCCUGCUCGUCCCCGCCCACCUCAGACCGCUCGCCGGCGAGGUAGAGCAGGUCGUCCACACGUCGCAGGGUCGGUGGUUCGAUGCCCAGUUCCUCCUGUCCACAGAGGCUCAUUACUGCGUCCACGUCCUCCAGAAGCUGCUUGUUGUCCUGGACCGCGGCGGCGCCAACAGUGCGUCCCAGCCGGGUUCAUCACUCUUAACUGUCCCCUGGAAACACUUCCUUCGUGUUGGCGAGGCUGGAGGACUUAAACAGGCUCCUGUUCCUCUCAGACUCAGUGUGUGUCUGCGGCUCUCAGGUGAACUCAGAUCGCAGCCGAGCAGGAUGGAUCUCUCAGACGCUCUUGGUGAUUGGCCCUCUGGUGGCAACCAAUCCGCAGGUGGCGGCCCUUGGCCUGGACAACCCAACAAUCCCACCUGGCCAGGUCAGCCGCCUGCUGCCAACCCCACCUGGCCCGGAGGUCCGUCUGGAGGUGGAGGCGUGUGGCCUGGAGGAAACCCCAGCCAGCCCACCUGGCCCUCCCCCUCCCCACAACCUGCAGUACCUGGAGGAUGGCCCAGUCCCUCACCUGGACCUGGACCUGGACCUGGACCUGGACCUGGACCUGGACCUGGACCUGGACCCACCCAUCCCACUGCCCCACAACAGAAUCUGACGGUGCCGCACCAACAGAAUCUGCCCAGUGGAGUUUAUGACAAACUGCUGAUCACCAUCGCUGGAACCAUCAAACCCAACGCUGACAAGAUCACAGUGGAUAUGUCCACCGCGAACGACCUGGCCUUCCACUUCAACCCUCGCUUCAAUGAGAGCGGCAGGAAGGUGAUCGUCAGGAACAGCUGCAUCGGCAAGAAGUGGGGCAAAGAGGAGCGAGACCUGCAGAACUUCCCCUUCGUCCAGGGGCAGCCGUUCGAGAUGAAGAUCCUGUGCACCAGCAGAGAGUUUAAGGUGGCCGUCAACAACUCUCACCUGCUGGAGUUCAAACACCGGAUCACCGACCUGAGAUCCAUCAACAAACUGAACAUCUACUAUGACCUCAACCUUACCAAGGUCCACAUGGAGUCCUUACACUGAGACACGUCACCAGAUCCACCACAGAUAUAAGGGGGGGGCAUCUGUUCAUAACUAUCUGUUAAAUAAUCUGUCAAUUCAUUCAUAAGAAAUCCACCACAAUAUUAAUACUGUGUCCAUCAUAGAACAGCUGGAGAUCCAACAAAGAUCUACUUUAGAUCAAUCAGAAAUCUUAUGCGGAUCUGCUGGAGAUCCACCAGUAAUCUACUGGGUAUCACAUAGAGAUCUACUGGGGAUCAUACAGAGAUCUACUGGAGAUCCACUAGAGUUAUACUGGGUAUCACACAGAGAUCUACUGGAGAUCCACUAGAGGUCUACUGGGGAUCAUACAGAGAUCUACUGGAGAUCCACCAGAGAUCUACUGGGGAUCAUACAUAGAUCUACAGGAGAUCCACUAGAUGUCUACUGGGGAUCAUACAGAGAUCUACUGAAGACCCACCAGAGAUCUACUGGGGAUCGCACGGGGAUCUACUGGAGAUCCACUAGAGGUCUACUGGGGAUCAAACCUAGAUCUACUGGAGAUCCACCAUAGAUCUACUGGGGAUCGCACGCAGAUCUAUUGGACCAUCACUUUACCCUCCGGGUAAAUGAUUGAAGAUGAUUACAGUAGAUUCACAGUAGAUCUUCAGUCAAUCCAAAAUAUGUUUGGACAGCACUUUAGAUGAUUCUUGGCUAAGUCAGAAUAAAAUGUUUAUACAUUAAACAUCCACAGAAGGUUCUCAGGGGAUCCUCGAUGGAUCCUCAGUGGAUCCAUCCUCAGGAGAUCCCCUUUUACUAGUUGUCUUGUGUUUUUACUCAAGUGACUCAUAAAUAAAGGUUUCAUCUUCAA